UAGGCCUACACAUUACACACCCCUAAUUCAACAUCUUUCUAUUAUUUCCUUUCCUUUGAGCUUCCUCAGAAACGGAAACCCCAUGGAUUUUCCAAAGCUCAACAUUCUUCUAUGCUUGUCCAUCUUCCUUCUUUCAUCCUUUCGCGCUCAUGCCAAAGUCAAAUUUAACUACUGCGAUAAGAAGGCAAACUAUGAUGUGAAGGUUUCUGAAGUUGAAAUAUCUCCAGAUCCUGUUGUUAGUGGGGAAGCAGCUACCUUUAAAAUUAAAGCUUCUUCUGGUCAAGCUAUUUCUGGAGGGGACUUGAUAAUUGCAGUUUCAUAUCUUGGGAUACCCGUCCGUACUGAAAAUCAUGAUUUUUGUGAAGAAGUAUCCUCCUGCCCUGUCUCUUCUGGAGACUUUGUGAUUUCCCACACCCAGACAUUGCCUUCAUUUACUCCACCGGGAUCCUACACUCUGAAGAUGACACUGAAGGAUAACAAAGAUGAGCUCUUAACUUGCAUUAAGUUUAGCUUCACAAUCAAAUUUGGAUCCAUGGUGUCGGAUGCCUAAAUCCUCUUUUGCACUCUCAUCUGGUUGUUACUGCAUGGUUGCCAUGUUUGUGUUGUAAUAUGUACCCUACGAUAGCUUUGAAGAUUCAUAUCUUAGCAAUAAAGGUGGGAAAAAUUGAAAGAUGUAGUGGGGGCAGUGUUGUUUAAUGUUCUUCUGAGAGAACAAUCAUGUCCAACUCCGAACAUGUGUAUGUUGUGCAUACUUGAAUCAAUGUCAAUGACAAAACUUGUUUGCUUA